AUGCCCUGCCGCGAGAGGGCGUCUUCUCCAUUGUUUACGGGAGGCUUUGAUGCCGCUGCCGCUGCUUGCGGAGGAGAUGGUGACGGUGGCGGCCCUGUGCUUGGGGAUUACUACCGAGCCCUUGAGUUGGGCGGGGAUGAAAGCUCGAUCCUUGACGAUGAGAUUUUAAUGAUGACGGACGCGGAGAAGGAGGCCUUUGCGGAGAUGCAGAGUAGAUUAGAGGAGGCGUGCCUGUCGCAGUUCUACCACCACCGCUGCACCUCCCCAUGCGAGGACGGGGCAGCAACGGAGGGCGUACAGGAUGGCGACGUAGAUAGCCUCACCGACGCUGACGGGCCCCAACGUGGAGCUGGCAGUGCAAGAAGGAUUAGAGUAGACAGACACCAAACUGUGCCGAGUGUCCCUCGCACUCCUCGCGGUAGCCGGCCAACUCCGACGGGUGGCCGUAGCCUGCUGGUGUACCCCAGCGCCCGGCGCUCCAGGGAGCGGGAUACGUGGUACAGGGCCGAACAGGAGGAGGAGUUAACGUUCCACCCGCAGAUCAACGCGACAGACGUGGCGCCUCGCUACAUGCAGGCCGCGACGCGGCGAUCACGUGAGGUUAACGUGGAAAAUGGUGCUGCUGAGGCAUCUAAUUUUAGGCCCGUAACAAGUCGGUUGCGUAGCUCGUCCAUGUCAGAACAUCUCAGCCGCUACCUUUACACGCCAGUCCACGUGCGACUGAGCCGAGCGGCGUCCGCGUCAUCACGGCGAAAGGAGCAGCAGCGACACCACCAUCAACAAAUAGUGGAGAAGCCGCGUGAGUACCGUAGGGAGCAAAAGAGCGGAAACGAACGUCAAGUACCUGAUGCGUUUCUGCAACGCCUGGAGGAAACGAGUCGCCGCCGGGAAGAAAACCUUCAACGAAUUGCCUUAAUGCAUAACACGGAGCUCACGUUCCGCCCAAAGCUGGCGCCUGGGACACGCAGGAGAAGCAUUGCAUCGGCCAUGGCACCUCAAAUUCGUGGAGAGGUGACACGAAGCGAAACGCUCGCACAGCAUGUGAUUGACGGAUCUGGAGAUGGCGUGAAGGGAGGUCGUGCUCACACCGCAUCACUGCACCCGUCGCCGCGCAUCAACAACCGGUCGCGGAAUAUGAAGCGGAGUUUGAAGGACCUUUACUUGUUUGAACUGCGAAGGCAGCUGCGUUUGGCGCAGCUGCGUGCUGAACGUGAGGCGACAGAGGGCGACACAGUCUCUGACAGGCCGGCUGUCAGCGCCGGCUCACGUAGACUCGCUGAUAUUCUUUUUGGCGAAGACGUCACGCAUGAGACCAUUCAACGGUAUCUGCAUCGACAUGCUUGCAAGCGUGCGGCUGCACUUCAGAUGGAAUAUGAGGCGAGGAGCCGAGAGGAGGAGAAGCAACUCACAUUCCAUCCCGAGGUGCAUCCAGCGCCAUCGUAUGUGCACGACAUUGCGCAAGAGCUUGCGUUGAAUAAAACAUUUGCUGUGAAACCGUCUCCGCCGAAGCCAAUCUUCCGGUUUUCAUAG